GUUGUGGUGAUGUCAUGGGUGGGCGGAGCCGAGCGAGAUUUGCUGCAUCUGGUGCGCUACACUUCCCGGGGAUGCAGCCAUAAAUUUAACAUCGGUUUCUUUAACGCACCGAAUUUAAUUACGACGCCGGGGACGACAAAACGAUUGUUGAGGACCUGAUUUGCCAUGGCUGAACAGCAGAGGCAGCGCAGUCUCUCCACUUCUGGAGAAUCACUCUAUCACGUGCUGGGUGUCGACAAACUGGCCACUGUCGAUGACAUCAAGAAGUCAUACAGGAAAUUGGCAUUGAAAUAUCACCCUGACAAGAAUCCUGACAACCCUGAGGCAGUUGAUAAGUUUAAAGAGAUAAACAACGCCCAUGCCAUCCUUAAUGACCCGACGAAGAGAAACAUCUAUGAUAAGUAUGGCUCUCUGGGACUUUAUGUGGCUGAACAGUUUGGAGAAGAGAACGUCAACACUUACUUUGUCCUAUCCAGCUGGUGGGCCAAGGCUCUGUUUAUUUUCUGUGGCCUGGCGACAGGCUGCUACUUCUGCUGUUGCCUGUGCUGUUGUUGUAACUGCUGCUGUGGGAGAUGUAAACCACGGCCACCUGAGGGACAGGAACAGGAAUUAUAUGUUUCCCCUGAAGACUUAGAGGCCCAACUGCAGUCCGAUGAGAGAGCGGCAGGUGGAGGUGAGCCCAUCGUGCUGCAGCCCUCCUCUGCCACAGAAACCACCCAGCUAACGUCUGACGGUUACCAUACUACUUACCACACUGACACCGGCUUAAAUUAAAUGCCCCGGCUUCCUCAUCUUCACCCUGUGGAUUGUCUCUCACCACUCUGCGCCAUCUCUCAGAGGGAAAAAAAAUAAAUGGAAAGAAUCCUUCAACUACAUCCCAAAAAAAAAGCCUGUUUUUGAGAGGAGGAAAGCCAGAGAGGAGCUAAAUUCUGUAACGUAUCCUGUCCCUGAUUCACGCACCACUUCCAUCACCCACACAAGAGUGGCUCUCAUCCGCCUCACCGUACCGUAGGGUAAAAACCAAGCUUAAUAAAGAUCCUGUCGUUUACCCUGAUCUGUAUGUUGCAUUUGAUCUCCGAUCUUGCCUUCCACUCGUUCCCUUGCUCCUCCAGCCAAAUUUACUCGUCGUCCUGUGGCAUGCACUGUUCCUCGACUUCAUUUAAUGAAUUUUUCGCAGUUUUCGCUAUAUUUAUUGACCUGAAAUGUUUGUUCCCAUUUAUAAGUACUUGAGUGUAGUUUAAAGUUGACUCGAAGACUAGUGUGACUGCGCUGAGAAACAGCAGGAAUAUAUUUCCUUUUUAAAAAUCUCAAAUAUUGAGUUCGCAUACAUCGCCAAUCUUCCUGGUUUACCGCAGAGUUUGAAUCUUGAAUCGCUUUGUGUCACUAGUUUCUGUUUUUUUUUUUUUUUUUUUUUUUUUCACAACAGCAUUUAACAUUAAUUGGAUUUUCCAUACAUAAUGUUACUUUUUGUUCCAAUACAGCUUUUUUUCUUAGGGAGAGAGAUACAAAUGAUGCAAUUGAUAAUAUUUCAUUUCUUCUUAGUAUUGGGCUCAUUUACAUCUGGGUGUUGUUGUUUUUUUUUUUUUGUCUUAUUCUGACCCAUUUGCAACAAGCUGAGCCAAACUAAGGACUCUUCUCUAUAUACUGAAUGGAUUUAACAGUCAUCUCAGUGUAGUGUGUAGGUUGUUCGUUGAUGUGUGAUAACAUGUUUGGGCUCUCAGCUUUGGUCUUAGUGUUAAGCUCACUUUGGCCCACUUGUGUCUCUUUUCUCUCAUUAAAAGGGAAUUGUGAACACAAUCUGGUAUAAACUCCCAUAGUUUCAUAUCACAGUGAGUGUGUACGUAAGGUGGAAACUAUAACCGAUGAGACAUUUUUUUUAUAUAGAUAUACAAUCUACACACAUCAAGUGUAUGUACAAUAUAUGUAUAUUUUGGUCAUUUUUAUAUUUUAGUUGUGCCGCGUAUAGUUAAGAUAAAUCUUUUUGUGUGUGUGUGUGUGUGUGUGUCUGUGGUAAUGGCCUCUUGUGGUCACUUGAGACUCCCUAUGCCAAGAUAUACGGUCUAUUGUGAGAUAUGCUUGUAUUUUGAAGACCUUCAUUCCUGAGUGGUAGCCAUUUAUGAUGUUUGGUCAUCAGAUUUAUUUAUUGAAGUGGCAAAGUUAUUUUAACACUACAAGCAUCUGGAUACACGUUUAAAGUCCAACCUCUCAAAACCUGAAAGGACAUAAUGAAAAUUAUUUUGUCUGGAUUUUACAAAGUUUACAUUUAAUUUGCUAAUUGAAUUAACUAGCAUUUAAGUAACAAAACAUUUUAAUUACAGUAGUGGUCAUGGGAUUGUACUUUUGCAGUAAUAAGUAUAGAGAGAUAUAUUCUUAAUAGUCAUGAAAAUAAUGCAUUAAAUAUUAAUAGUCCUUUUCACAGGCAGUACUUUGUGUGAGGCUUUUUUUUUCUUUGCAUUUGCUCUUUCCUUUCCUUUAAGUCUUUCCUUAAGAUCAUUUGAGCAGCUAAGGCUUAAUGCUGUAAGUCUAGCAUUUAUUUGAUAGAUUCUCCUCUGAGCUGCCACAGAGAUGUGGCAUUAUCCCUUAAAAUAUUCACUAAAGAAUUCAACUAAUUUGUGUCAUAUAGCCUAGUUAAGUUAUAUGAUCCUUAAACGUCAUGGUGUUGCUCUUGAUUGUUUACGCUUUGUUUUCAGUGAAAUUGUGAAAAAGAUGGUGUAUGUGUGUGUGUGUGUGUGUGUGUGUGUGUGGUGAUGUCACCAACAGCUUAAGUCGCCUCGAUGCACACAGUCAGUUCCCUCUUCAAGUAUAACUGAAAGUGCUUUAAAAACCUUCUUAUACCAAACCUGAUUUUCUGAAUCUGCAAUUACAAACUCUAAAAUGACCAUCAAUGCCAUAAGAACCCAUGCUUUUUACUCACUGCUUGUUUACGUGGGCAGGUCUGAAUUUUAUUUGUCAUCUGUCUGUUCUUAUUUUCCUCAUUAGCUCUAACUGGAGCCGAAUACAAAUGUCACCAGCCAUGUUCAUUCACUUUUUCUAGUUACUCUCCAAAGGCCAAUGUUUCAUUUAACUGUUUACAUUUCAUUAUGGAGUACAAUAGUAUCUUCAGUCACUAUCUGCUUUCUUUCUCCUCUCUCUUGCUGUCUUGCUCAUUCUAUCGUUCCAAUGCUGUAGAUGUUUUUUAAUGGAUGUUAGCCUCUGUGGUCUUUUUUCCUGUGCAUUGUCUGUAUCAGAACUACACUCAUAUAAAGAGUAUGGUUUGUCAUUAAAAUGUUGGAUUUAUGUUGAAUGAACCUUUCUUAAAGGAGAAAAAAUUAAAUACACUUCAGAAAAAUGGUCAGGAAAUUGUUGCAUAUUAUGUCUUCAGAAAGAAGAGAAAUUGUUUAUUGUAAUUAUAGUGAAAUGGUAAUUUUAUGCUUUUUUCAUUUUAUUUAUCUUAUUUUGUCAUGUUUAUAAUGAACUGUCCUUGUUUCAAAUGGUAUGUUACAUGAAUUUGACUCUGAAACUAUGCUAUUCAUAGUUCUAUAGUGAAGGUCUCUUGUACAUACACUGAAUUAUUAAAAAGAAUAAUACUAGACCUUUAUGUUGUAGCAUGGUUAUUGUAUGAUUAAAAGAAAAACAUUUAUUUGCUGAUGUAAAAUAAAUGUUUAUGAACAUUU